AUGUCUUCCUUCGCGGUGCUACGCACACUCAGCCCCUCCUGCCCCUCCCCCCCGACGUUCCAGAUCCACCCUGAUUCCUUAUCAACCCUCACCUGGCAUCCUCACCGCACGAUGCAGUCAAGGGAGGGAAGCGCCUCGGCGAACCCGCCGCCCUUCCCCCCUCACCUGUGUUCUCGCCGGUCGCCUGUCUCGAUCACAUCGCCCCCUCACCUCACCUCAUGCACUCCCCCCAACUGCAUCAUUGUGCUACGUGAAAGGACCCAUUGCCUUCAACAUUUCUCCUACGUUCAUCGGCACCAGAUGGAAAGGAUGGGGGACAUCACUUGCAUG